UGCUGCACGCAUCAUCCCUCCUCACCAUGUGUGUGUUUGACGUCAGAAACUUAGGAGGGGCUCCUCCGUGAGGCUGGUUGCUGUUUGUGGUGCUGAAACAACGCCUGUAUUGUGUUGCCGUUUAGCCACUUCGGCUCCAGUUUCUACCCGUUUUCUUCGUAUUGUUAUUAUUAUUAUCCGAGCCCUCCGACAUGCUCUCUCUGUGAGAGUCUCCUCCGAGCGGCCGACACUUUGAGUUUGGCGUUAAACAACAUGCUGUUUUAGCGGAGGUGAGCGAUGGAUUGGAGUAUAGGCAGGAGCGGUAUGGAUUCAGUCUGGUGUCCCGUCCUCUUCGCUGCAUUGGCUGUCAGCCUUUGCUCCUCACCUGCCCUCGCCGACAGAAAAUUUGGUUGCCUGUUUGAAGAUGAGCUCUGUACACCCUAUGAGUUCUGCGUCAACGAUGGAGUGUUUGGAAGGUGCCAAGAACUGGCCGGUGCAGACCUGCACACGUACGAUAUUUCUCCCUCUGCUCUGCAACGUCUCAGGAUCCUCCUCCAGAAACUGGCUCACAGAGGUUUGACAUGGCAGGAUGACAUCACUCAGCAGGUCAUCUCCAGAGAGCUCUCCAAAUUGAAGAACAUCCCCCUCCGCCAUCAGGCCACCCCUCCAAGCCUCCUGGCCACCUACAGCAGCUCCAGAGACAGGAAACUGAGGCCUGGACAAGAUGAGUUGACUAGAAACCUUCAUAAGUACCUCACGGGACUGGGCUUCCUGCCGCGGGCUGAAAUAGAUGGACAACUGGGAGUCCAACAUGAGGUGGCCAAUGUUCAAAAAGAAGACAUCAAAUCUGAUGACCGUUCAGAGCCCAGCCAGCCAAAGCCCAAGCAGGGCUGGAAGGAGACCACAAUCUAUAGUCUUCAGAAAGGAGCCGGCCAGCCUCCAAUCACCAAAGUCGUUACACAGAGUGGAGAGGGCAGGCACCCCAAGCUCAGUAAAGCUUACUCCAACCAGAACCCAGGAAAGAGCACGCUGCUUUCCAGCCAUAUGGAACGGCUUCUUUCCGGGGCACCAGGCACUCAGCAGGGCAGUCCAGGUGGCGAGGCAAUGUGGCCCAAAGGAAAGCUCCACUACCUCAGCUACGUGCAACCAGCUUUAAACGACCACGCAGAGCCACAAACUCAGGUUGCUUUUGGCUCCAAAGCCCAAAAGCCAAAUCUAAACCAACUGCUAUUCAAGACUGACUCGAACCGACUCACCGCAAAACAGCCUCUUAGGGCCAUGGAUGAGCGAUUCAUCCAGAAUCUGGUGAACCAACUGGGGAGGCACAGCAUCAACAUGGAUGCUUUGAUGGGCAAAGAUUUGGACCAGCUGGCUGAAGUCAUCACAGGAGCUCUGCGGGAGGUGGAUGUGGAGCGGCCUGCGCUUGAAGCUCAGCCAGGACCAGGAGCCACUGACUCCAGGGGGAACAUGGAGGGUAACAGGGAGCCCCAGGCAGCAAUGCAUUUGAAUCAAGACCAGGACCUGAAAUCAGAUAAAGAGCAGGAUCUAAACCAGAAAAACACACUGAGAAUGAAACAGCAAGGCCAGAAAAUAGACGGCGCAGACAAAGAGCCCGUUGACAAGCAUACCGCCUUCUUCUCCAAGCUGCUGGACUACCUCAACAUGGAGCCCUUUGGUAACGCUCCAGAGGUCAACAGUGGACCACCAGCCCCGCUCCAGAAAAUGGUAGGACUGGAGACCGUGCAUAGCCGCACAACGCAAGAUCGGGCUCCCGUCCCCCACCGCUGGGAGGAAAAGACCAUGACAGCACCUGCGAAGGAAGGGUCCACUUUGCGGUUGACCGGUGAGGCAGAGGACACUGACGUACAGGUCGAUUCUGACAUUGACAAGUGGAUGCAGAGGAUUCAAGGCCCAGAAGGAAGGAAGCAGCUGGAGGAGCCACAGAAGAAGGACAUGAAAGUCAAAACCCAGCUGGUCCAUGUGGGAGUGAAGGAGUUUUCCAGCAGAGGGAAGGACAGACACUUUGGCUACAUCAUCACCGGCACAGACUCCCUCACCACUGACCAGGGCACGGACCUGAUGGAGCAUCUGACCCAGAGAUUGAGCCUCCACGCUGCAGACCUCACCCAGCUCUCCGUCCUUGGCCCUGCCCUGACGUUCAGAGUCGGUCCGAACCCCAAGAACGUCACCACUGCAGAUCUAGUUCAAGUUGCAGUCCAACAGAAGCAGCAGCUGGAGAAGGAGACGGGCCUGAAGAUAGUGGAGGCUGGAGUUAGUGAUAGGGGCAGCCUGACCCAGAUCCCCGUGGUGAAGGAGACCAGGGUGGAGUCGGGCCAGUUUCUGCUGCUCUCCGUCCUCUGCAUGCUCUUCAUCCUGGUGGCCGUGGCAGUGUCGGCCACUUUCUUCUGCGUGCGCCAGCGCUCGCACCUACACAUGAAGGAGAAGCUAGCCAGUCUGGGGACUGACACCAGUACUGAUGCCACUGCAACCUAUCAGGAGUUGUGUCGUCAGCGGAUGGCGAUACGAACAUCGGAGCGCGUCGAGCGGCCGGAGACGUUGCGCCACUCUCGGCUCAACAGCGUGUCAUCUCAGUUCAGCGAUGGCCCUGCAGCCAGCCCGUCGACCCGCAGCAGCACCUCCUCCUGGUGUGAAGAGCCAGUCCCAUCCAACAUGGACAUCUCCACUGGUCACAUGAUACUGUCAUACAUGGAGGACCACUUGAAGAACAAGAACCGUCUGGAGCGUGAGUGGGAGGCGCUGUGCUCCUACCAGGCAGAGCCCAGCGCCUGCAGCGUGGGCCAAGGCGAGCAGAACUCCAAGAGAAACCGCUCUGACGCCGUAGUCGCAUACGAUCAUUCCAGGAUCACCUUGAAAGCGGAGAACAACCACAGCAACUCUGAUUACAUCAAUGCCAGUCCAAUUAUGGACCAUGACCCUCGCAACCCUACUUACAUCGCGUCGCAGGGUCCCCUAGCUUCCACCGUGGCGGACUUCUGGCAGAUGGUGUGGGAGAGCGGCUGCGUCGUCAUCGUCAUGCUGACCCCGCUGUCGGAGAAUGGAGUGAAGCAGUGCCACCACUACUGGCCCGACGAGGGAUCCGACGUCUACCACAUAUACGAGGUGAAUUUGGUGUCUGAGCACAUCUGGUGUGAGGACUUCCUGGUACGGAGCUUCUACCUCAAGAACCUGCAGACUAACGAGACCCGCACCGUCACUCAGUUCCACUUCCUGUCCUGGAUGGACCGUGGGAUCCCCAGCUCAGCCAGGACCCUCUUAGACUUCCGCAGAAAGGUUAACAAGUGCUACAGAGGUCGAUCUUGCCCGAUAAUUGUCCACUGCAGUGAUGGAGCUGGCAGGAGUGGGACUUACAUUCUGAUUGACAUGGUCCUCAAUAGGAUGGCUAAAGGUGCUAAAGAGAUUGAUAUUGCCGCUACCCUGGAGCACUUGAGAGACCAGAGAGCUGGCAUGGUCCAGACAAAGGAGCAGUUUGAGUUCGCGCUGACAGCCGUGGCAGAAGAGGUGAACGCCAUCCUGAAAGCACUUCCUCAGUGAAGGCAUCGCAACCCACUCCCCCCACCACCUCACACCCAACACACAUACACACAUAUACCUUCCUCUCGCUCGCUGAGCACCGGUUUCCUCUGCCCACUCAAGACUGACAUCUCUCUCUGGCCUGCCUUCUCCUCGCUCUGUUUCUCCCUCUUCUCCCUCUGCCUCCUCUUCACCUCUAUAUAUACUGUAUACUUAUGAAUGUCGUGCCAGAUAUCUCACCUGGAUCCAUAUACACAAAAUUUCCCUCAGCGUACGGCCGCUGAGCCGCGAUCAGUCGGUGCUGUCCGAUCAGCGGCCGCGCUGGGAGAUUUUUUUUGUCAGUAUGAACCCCGGUCCUCUUUAACUGUGACGUCGGUUUUUUUGAACAUACCAUCCUAGUGCCACUGACGAGAUGUUUACGUGAUGUCAAGUGAAGAUUUUUGUUCCAAAAUGAGCAAAAAAAAAAGAAAAAAAACUGAUGCAAAAAGCUUAGAAAAUGAUCUCCGGCACAUUUAAAACAUGCUAUGGUAAAGCUGCAACUAACAGUUAUUUUCCCGGUUAAUCGUUCAGUUUAGGAAAUGUUAAUAAAAAAAAAGAAAAUGUAUUUUUUUAAUAUGACUAACAGUCUGAAAUCUUGAGAUAUAAAUCAUUGUUUUAUCAGAGAAAGAAAGUUUUAUUGGCAUUUCUUUUCUUUUUUUUUGGCUUUACUCCACCAACUAAUCACUGCAGCUCUAAACUAUAGUGCUAUGUAAAGUAAAUGAACUUCCUGCCUGUAAAACCCGUAUUAUUGUACAGAUUAUAUCCUCUAAAUGAAUCGAUGUAGCGUUUUGGAGCUCCUCACACGUUUCUCCUCUGUGAUCUGAAUCAGCUACUACAUCGUGUGUACAGAUGUUGAAGCGUGUGCGUUGUUGUACUUUGGGUCAAGACAUCUCACUGUCAUACUAAACCACAGGUUUUCCGACUCCGAGCCCCCCACACGUCACGAUUGUUGUGAAACACAUCAGCUGUUCUCUUAUUCCUCAUUGUAUUGUUUUUACAUUUGACGCCACCAACUGUUUAUUGCAUAAACAUCUCUGUUAAUAGUAAAUGUGAAAUAUACUAACUGAGAUAGUUAUUGCUUCUAUUUAGAAAUACUGUCAUGCUGUAUGGAUAGUAAUAAUAUAUUUAAGAAGACCUUAUAUUGGGAUUGUUGCUAAAUUUCUUUGUCCCUCCAUCACUGGUAUGGUAUAUUGUGACAUUUUGUGCAACAUGACCGAUUAAUCCCUCCAUGUAUAGACGACGAAAGACUUUAUGAAAACUUACAUAGUGCUAUUGAAGAUGUAUACUGAGAGCCUCAAUGAGAACUAUAUAUUUUGUGUGAGAAGUAAUAUUCAGAUUGAUAAUAAAUCCGAACGGACCAUACCGCUC